AUCGGAAGCAACCGGUUUCAGUCGCGUCGCUGCUUCUCAGCACUACACUAGGCGCUUGCUCCCGUACGCAUACGACGUGCGCUUGUUGGUCGGACUUGUUUUAGUCUGGGGAUUCCCGUGGCAGGGAGUUUCCGUGUGUGGUGGAGGCAUUCAUUUCUUAGCUAUUUGUGCCGGAGAGGGGCCAAAGAUUAUCAGUGUCUACACACGAUGGGUCGCGUACGGUACUACACACUCACGUUGGUUUCGGUGUGCCUUUUGCUGCUGACAGCUUCUUCCCAAGCCCAAAACUGUGGCAAACGUAAGCAGGUAAACCUUCUGAUUACAAAUGGCUUAGAGUCAAAGGAGGGCGACUGGCCAUGGCAUGUGGCACUGUUUCACAACAAUCGCCGAUCGUUCGAGUAUGCGUGCGGUGGAUCCAUUCUCGAUCAAAAUACGAUUUUAACGGCGGCUCACUGCCUGUGGUUGUCCAAUGGAUUAAUCGCCAAAGAGCGACUUCUGGUGCAGGUGGGACGCAGCCGGCUCCGAGUGGCGAGCAUUCACGCCCGAGACCAUGAAGCCUACGAACUGAUCGUACAUCCGAAGUACAACGUUAAUCAAAUUGCGAACGAUAUCGCUCUGAUCAAGCUUGCGACCGACAUUACCUUCACGAACUUCGUUCAACCGAUCUGCCUUUGGAACCGGGGCGAUGAUCAGAGCUCCAUCGUUGGCACCCUCGGAACCGUGAUCGGGUUCGGCUAUGACGAGACCGAUAACCCUACGGAUACGUUGCGUGAAGCACGUCUACCCGUCGUUAGCGCCAUUGAUUGUAUCCAAAGCAACCGGGAAGCAUUCGCCACUCAGCUGACCUCGGAUAUGUUCUGUGCUGGCUAUCGGAACGGGACCAGCCCCUGCAACGGUGACAGCGGUGGAGGGUUAUUCUUCAACUUCAACAAUGUCUGGUACAUACGGGGUUUGGUAUCGUUUACGAAACCGCGCCAGGAUACGACAAUAUGCGACACCAAGGAGUACACGGUGUUUACCGAUGUGGCAAAGUAUCUGAGGUGGAUCGAGCAGUACCUCCGUGCGUCUAGUGGUUUACCGAUCUUAAUCGACCUACAGACCAACCAUAAUAAGCUCGCAUUGCUGCCAACGUCCACGUGCGGUCCUAAUGCGUACGCUGGUCGUGAUGAAUCCUCCAAGCCGGUGCUGCUCGGUUAUCCUUGGGUAGCUCUACUGGAGUACACCGAGACGGGAUCGCGCGAAAAGAAGACGAUCUGUCAGGCGACACUGAUUAGCGAUCUCUAUCUAAUUAGUGCUGCACACUGCGUAAGCAGCAUACCGAAGCGAUACACACUAACGUCCGCUCGGCUAGGAGAGUAUGACAAAAACUCUAUGACGGACUGUGUCGAUAUCGAUGGACAAAGGGUCUGUUCGCCGCCGGUUCAAUCACUAAGCAUCGAAUCGUUGAUUGUACACUCGGGCUUCAACAAACCGCGCUACGCGAACGAUAUUGCACUGAUCCGGCUGCGCGUCCGGGCAGACUUGAGCCGCAGCAACGUGAAGCCUAUCUGCUUGCCCGUGACGAACGAGCUGCGCAGUCAGAAGCCGAGCCAGUACAUCCUGACCGCGUGGUCGUCCGGUUCCGGUGGCAACGUACUGGAGCGUUCAAUCAGCCAGCUUACCGAGUCGGUCGAGUGCCAAAAGCUGUACACCGAGCAGUCGGUUACGCUGGAGAAAACGAGUCGACAGAUCUGCAUCAAGCAGCAGCAAGAGUCUGGCACACGUUGCAAGUUCCCGGCGUCGGCAGCACCGCUGCAGCUUUUGCAGCCAGUGAACGGCCAGCAGCGCUACGUCCUGUACGGGUUGCUGUCGUACGGGCCGAAAAGCUGCUCCGUGCUCUAUCCAGACGUGUACACCAAUGUGGCCAGCUAUAUCGACUGGAUUCUGGAUAAUAUUCAUGAGUACUACGAAUCCGUCGCUCAAUUGUCGCUGAUAAACAUGAAACUGUUCCAGUGCGAGCCACCAUCCAGCUUGCAGCAUCAAUCUUUCGCAUACUCGCAUGAACUAAGGAAUCCCCUUCGCCAUUCCGCAAUGGUUUCGAUCUUGCGGGGAUUUUUACCACUGAUUGCAGUCUUCUGUGCGAUUGGCGAGGUACGUAAAACGAACGCUCUGGAUACGGUUCCACUGGAGUGUGGAGAACGCAAAGUGAAAACCAUAUACCUGGUGCAGCAUGGUACCGAAACGAAGGAGGGCCACUGGCCGUGGCACACGGCCAUCUACCAUCGGGAACAAACCAACUUCGAGUACGUGUGCGGUGGUUCGAUCCUGGAUAGAAACACGAUCCUUACCGCGGCACACUGUCUGUACACCUCCCGCGGACUGAUCAAGCUGGACCAGCUGUCCGUGCAGGUUGGGCGCAAUCAGCUGUCGGAAGCAAGCGUCCGCUCGCAGGAGCACCACCCCGAGCAGCUCAUCGUUCAUCCCGGCUUCAGCCCGAACAGCGUCACCGACGAUAUAGCGCUGAUCAAGCUCGCGACCGACAUUACGAUGACACGGUACGUUCAACCGGUCUGUCUCUGGAGCUUGGAACCGAACCUGGACCUGAUCGUGGGCCGCAACGGCACGGUCGUGGGUUUCGGGCUGACGGAGCACGAUCGGGUGUCGGACUAUCUGCGGCAGGCCGCCAUCGCUGUGGUCGAUUCCUGGACGUGCAUCGAGAGCGACCGGCAGGUGUAUGGUGUUACCCUAACAGCGAACAUGUACUGUGGCGGAGGUAAGACCGGUGUGAGCGUGUGCAACGGGGACAGCGGAGGGGGAAUGUUUUUCGAGCAUGGCGAUACGUGGUACGUCCGUGGGGUGGUGUCCUUUAUGCCGCUGCGCGAAAACGUUGGCCUGUGCGACGGCACCAAGUACACCGUGUUCACCGAUGUGGCCAAGUACCGGGACUGGAUUGGGCAGAACGUGAACCCAACGCUCGCCUCCACCCGGCCCGAUCCCCUGCUGGUGGACAACAGUCCUAAGCUACGAAUGCUGAACUUCAAUACGUGUGGCAUCAGCCCGUACACGACCGGGGCGAACGAUAGCUUCCUUGCCUUUCCGUGGAUCGGUUUGGUGGAAAUGGUUGCCCCCGGGCAGGGAAAAACAAUGGCCGUGUGCCAUGUCACGCUGAUCAGCGAAUGGUACGCCGUCGGACCGGCCCACUGUUUCAGUAACGAUGGAAUGGAGCGUACGCUUCGGUUCGGUGAUUACGACAAGACGACGGACAAGGACUGCAUCGAACGGAACGGCACGCUCGUGUGCGCUCCGCCCGUGCAAAUACUACCGAUCGAAAGGGUCAUCGUACGGCCGGAUUUCGAUCGCCAAGCCAUCACCGACGAUAUCGCGCUGAUUGAGCUACGGCGCCCGGCCAACAUCAGUCAGCCGAACGUGAAACCCAUCUGCCUGCCGGUCACCGUCGACCUGCGCAGUUACAAACCGACCAGCUUCACGCUCGGCGGUUUCCCGGCCCAGGGCAAUCGGGUCGUCGCCAGCCGGCCGACCUAUCUCAACUCCGUCAACUGCCAGGAGCGGUACAAUGCCAUCUACUACCCGCUGCGCAAGAGCCACACGCAGAUCUGUGCCGUUGCCGAGGUGUCCUCCACCAAUCGGACCGAACCGUGCGAACGGAUGCUCUCCGGCUCGGUGCUGCAAACGGUACAGCAGCUGGGCCGGCGGGAUCGAUACUUUCUGCAGGGUUUGCUGUCGUUCGGUGCACGGGAGUGCGAUGCGACGGUGCCGGAUAUUUACACCAACGUGCCGAUUUACCUGGACUGGAUUUUGUACAACAUGCGCGAAUUUAAGCAACAGGUGCCCGAUACAAGUGAGCAGCUUAUUUUUACGUCGUGAGACACGAAGGGACUGGAAUAUUUUUGAAUAAAAAGAAUAGAAAA